CAUUUUUAUUCUACAAAAAUGUUAUCAGCGUUUAGAAAUAUUCCACUUGGAGCAAAACAAUUUUCUUCAAUUUUUUUAAGACCUUGGAGAAGAUUUUCUCUUUCUUCUUUAUCAAAUACUCAACAAAAUGGGCAAAAAGAACAGAAAAAAGAAAAUCAAAGGAAAUUUGUGUUGGCUAAUGAACGUUUAAAUACUAUUCCAAAUUUACUCAGUGCUGGAAGAAUUGUGGCUACUCCAAUUAUUGGGUGGUUGGUGGUAAAUGAGUUAUAUUCACCUGCUUGUGUACUCUUUGUGAUUGCUGGUGUUAGUGAUUUGGUCGAUGGCUUUAUUGCUCGUCGUUUCCCUUCACAAAAAUCUCUCUUUGGAAGCAUCAUUGACCCCGUGGCAGAUAAAUUUUUAAUUAGCACAUUGUUCAUUACACUCACUUAUAUGCAUUUAAUACCAGUUUAUUUAACUGUAAUUGCACUUGUAAGGGAUGGAAUGUUAGUCACUGGAGGCCUAAUUCUUCGUUAUAAAAUGUUGGAUCCACCAAUUACUUUUACAAGAUUUUUUAAUCCAACAAUUUCGUCAAUUCAAAUAAAUCCUUCGAAAAUUAGCAAAUUCAAUACAGGCCUCCAACUUUUGCUUCUUUCACUUAGUCUGGCAAGUCCAAUUUUUCACUUUGUUGAUCAUCCUGCUCUUCAGAUUCUCAGUAUUUUGACUGCCUGCACAACAGUUUACUCGGGUUUACAAUAUGCUUUUUAUUCAGGAAUUUUACGAGUUAAACUUAUAAAACCUAAAAUUAAAUAA